AUCCCCUCGAUAACCCGCUCCAUAGACCACGACAAAGUCCUGGCGCUCCGACAGCAGACCCAGUUCCUGUGGGAGACGUACUUCUCCUCGGUAGAGAAAAUCGUGCUGACCACCCUCGAGAUCAUCCAGGACCGAAUCCAGGCGCACGUCAGCAGGAACCACGUGAUGUGGAACGCGCAGCCGGGCGGGCUCUACGCGCUCCCCCAGUUCUCCACCAGCCUCGCCGACUUCCCCUUCUACUACUUCGCCCUGGGGCGAAGCCCGGCCAAGGAGUUCACCGCCGUCAUCCAGGCCGUGUCGCCGCUGCUCUCGCAGUCCCAGCCCAUCGUCAAACUCAUCCUGGCGGUCGCCAAGUCCAAGUAUUGUACCCAGAUCGUGGUGCUGUGGAACUGUGAGAAGCCCCCGCCCCCGAGGAGCCGGUGGCCGUCCGUCCCCGUGCCACUCAGCAUCGUGGAAGGGGAACACAAGACCAUGAGCAGCCGUUUCUUCCCCUACGAGCUCAUCCGGACAGACGCCGUGCUGAGCCUGGACGAGGACACCAUCCUAUCGACCAACGAGGUUGACUUUGCCUUCACUGUGUGGUGUAGCUUCCCGGAGCGCAUCAUGGGCUACCCGGCCCGGAGCCAUUACUGGGACAAGAGCAAAGGCUGGUGGGCGUACACCUCCAAGUGGACUAACGAGUACUCCAUGGUGCUGACCGGGGCAGCGUUCUACCACCGGUACUAUCAUUACCUGUACACCUUCUACCUGCCCGCCAGCCUGCACAGCAUGGUGGACCAGAUGGCCAACUGCGAGGACAUCCUGAUGAACUUCCUGGUUUCCGCGGUCACCAAGCUCCCGCCCAUCAAAGUCACCCAGAAGAAGCAGUACAAGGAGACCAUGAUGCAGCAGGGCUCCAAGACGUCCCGCUGGGCCGACCCGGAGCACUUUGCCCAGCGCCAGGCCUGUAUGAACUCCUUCGCCAGCUGGUUCGGCUUCAUGCCCCUCGUCCAUUCGCAGAUGCGGCUGGACCCCGUCCUCUUCAAGGACCAGGUCUCCAUCCUGCGCAAGAAGUACCGGGACAUCGAGAGGCCGUAGAGCUGCCGAAGCUGCAG